ACGCUAGAAUUGUGUUCUUUGUUCCUAUUGACAUCUCUCUGUAUUACGGCUGACCUUAAUUACCUCACCCGUCGCUCGCCCACCUUUAACCUGAUCAACCUCUGCAUAAUUGGAAAAAAUUGUUGCGCGAACGAAUUGCAGUCUUUGACCUUUUUUUUAAGGCAAUAUGGAUAAAAAAUAGAAGACCGAUGAGUGCAACCAGUACAAGACCUUCUGCCUCUGUUACAAACACUGUCACUGUAGAAAAUGCAGAGAGCAGUCAAUCUCAAACUCUGGUCCUGCGGCUGAAUCGAAGGAAGAAGAAGGUGUCAUGGAAAGAUGGAACUGUAGACAACGAAUUCAUGCAAAAGAAGAGUUCCAAGAAGUGCUGCAUUUUCCACAAAGAGAAGCCGUUUGACGAAGAUACCAGUGAUGAUGAGGAGCAUGACCAUAAUCACCAUCAUCAUCAUAAGCAUGACCAUAAUCAUCAUGACCAUAAUUCCAAGGAUGCUGGUGGAAGCUCAACCUCUGUAUGAUUGAUUGAUUCGACGACGCAAUCCAUGUUAGUGGACACUGCCAGGUAUUGUCCUUGUGUAAAGUUUGGAUAACAGGAAGAAUUUUAUUGAUAGGAAAAUGAUUGGAAUAUUGAUAUUCUAUUAAAAGCUGAAACUGGGUAUCUAUGAAAUUUUUUCUUUUUCAUAUUAUUGAAAUUCAAGCAUAAUUUGUCAACUGUGUUUUCUUUCUUUUGUCCAAGGAGAUAGAUGACAGACUUUUGUAUCCUGGAUUUGAUCAUAUUAGUAAAGGUUUAUUGGAUGUACA